UCAUUCCUGCGUUGUUUAGGGACACUAGGAAGAUGGCGGCGGCCCCGCUGUACUGUGUCUGCCGGCAGCCCUACGAUGUAAGCCGGUUUAUGAUCGAGUGCGACAUCUGUAAAGACUGGUUUCACGGCAGCUGUGUGCAGGUAGAAGAGCAUCAUGCUGUGGAUAUCGAUGUUUACCACUGUCCCAACUGUGAUGUCGCACACGGACCCUCCCAGAUGAAAAAGCGCAACAAUGGCCACAGGCACGACUACACAGAGCCAGACGAUGGAUCGAAGCCAGUGCAGGCUGGCACUCGAGUGUUUGUCAAGGAGCUCCAGAACAGGACCUUCGCCAGUGGUGAGGAGAUCAUGAUACACAUGAAGGGCGAGCAGGUGACAACCAGGUACCUGGAGAGACACGGCUUCAGCUACCCCAUAGCGGUCACAGAGAUGGAGGGCCUGGGACUCAAACUACCAGUCUCUACUUUCUCUGUCAAGGAUGUGGAGCAGUAUGUCGGUGGCAACAAAGUCAUCGAUGUGAUAGAUGUGGCACGGCAGGCGGACAGCAAGAUGAAGCUCAGCGAGUUUAUCAAGUAUUACACCAACCCGCAUCGACCCAAAGUCCUCAACCUCAUCAGCCUGGAGUUCUCUGACACUAAGAUGUCAGAGUUGGUGGAGGUUCCUGAUGUGGCUCGGAAGAUGUCCUGGGUAGAGAACUACUGGCCGGACGACUCCUUCUUCCCCAAGCCCUUUGUCCAGAAGUACUGCCUUAUGGGGGUUAAGGACAGCUACACAGAUUUCCACAUAGACUUUGGAGGCACCUCUGUCUGGUACCAUGUUCUCUGGGGUGAGAAGAUCUUCUACUUGAUCAAGCCCACUCCCACCAACCUUGCACUAUAUGAGGCUUGGAGCUCCUCGCCCAAUCAGAGUGAAUUGUUCUUUGGGGACAAAGUGGAGAAGUGCUACAAGUGUGUUGUGCCCCAAGGAACCACCCUGCUCAUCCCUACAGGCUGGAUCCAUGCUGUUCUCACCUCUCAGGAUUGCAUGGCAUUUGGAGGGAACUUCCUUCACAACCUCAACAUUGGCAUGCAGCUCAGGUGUUAUGAAAUGGAGCGCCGCCUGAAAACCCCAGACCUCUUUAAGUUUCCGUACUUCGAGGCCAUCUGUUGGUAUGUGGCCAAGAACCUCUUGGAAACGCUAAAAGAGCUACGGGAGGACAACUGUCCACCACCAACCUACCUAGUGGAGGGAGUCAAGGCUUUAAUCAGCGCACUGAGGAUCUGGUUGAAAAGAGAGGUGACUGAGCCCACCAGUGAAGUACCAGACCAUAUCAGGCCAAACCAUCUCAUUAAAGAGCUGACCAAGGAAAUCCGCUACCUGGAGGAGGAACCGGUCAGUGGUAGCAAGCCAGUGAAGUCUCAGGGAAGUGGCUGUGGAGUUCCAUCUGGAUCGAAUGCCUGCCCGGCUACUCGUGCUACGCUGGAGAAGCUGUGCCAGGCCCACCAGGCGAGAAGGGCCGCCAGGCGGCUGAGGGAGCAGCAGCGGCAGACCCCUAAAGUGCCCUCCAACUUGGACAUCUUAGAGCAGCACACCCGGGAGGUGCUAAAGAGGCUGGAGGUGGGACCGCUCGAGGAGGAUGCGGCGUUCUGUGCCAAGGUUCGUGGGAAGCUCAACAAAGUGUCAACUGCAUCCGCAGCUGCAGAGACUUUAGAGGAGAACCACCUACGGCUAAUGCUGGUCAAUGGCAGAAUUAUCAGAGAUAUGAGGCGGCCAGGCAGCAGCCCGGUAAAGACGGAGGGUGAGGGGUCAUCUGUUGGCCCACCAAAGAGUUGUGUGGACGGGAAGUCGGAGAGGACGCGGGACAGUCAAGAGCAGCACAGCACAGUUGAGAAACCCACACUCUUCAGCGGUCUGCAGAGGGUGAAGACUGAACUCAGGGAAGGACACACCAGUGUGUCAGAUGUGGAUUUAGACAGUGACUCUCCCACAGAGCGCAAAGCAUCAUUGUCGUCGUCGUCGUCAUCGUCCUCCUCCUCUGACGAGGAUUCAGGGAGUUCCCAGGAGGAAGAGGAGAAGAAGGGCUUAUAUCAGCAGAGAGGCUCAGGGCACACCAUAGAGCUGGACCAGUCUGGCCAGAAACUCAGGCACAAACACAAACCACUCAAACGAGAACGUCCUACCUCACCCAGCACAGAAGAGGCCAUUCAGGGGAUGCUAUCUAUGGCUGGUCUGCUGUGCUCCGCUGAGCCGGAGAAGGUAGCCUCGUCCCAGGAGCCCUGGUGGUCCAGCUCCAGCCAGUGCUCGCCGCUGGAGCAGAGGGAGGAGGCGCAGCAUCGACUGCAGGGGGACAAGAGCCCGAUGGACAGCCAGGGCAACAGCAGCGAGGCCUGGGACAAUCAGGGGCUCCCUAGCCCUCUUAGCCGAAGCCACAACAGCAGCCCAGAGACAGACUACCAGUACUGUGACCCCUCAAUGUCUCCACCCCACCCCUCCAAGAGGCACGCCCCCAACCCCCCACCUAUCAGCAAUCAGGCCACAAAAGGCAAGCGGCCCAAAAAAGGAAUGGCCACAGCCAAGCAGAGACUGGGGAAGAUCCUAAAACUCAACAGACAUAAUCGCGUCUUUGUGUAAAACUCCAAAUCUUCAAAAGCAAAAUGAUGCAUGGGGACAUUUUCUUGAAGACAAAAAAAAAGGAAACCUUGGCGUAUUUGUUACCAGACACUUUUGUACUGUGGAACUGGAGAGAGAGGGA